AUGCUCGGCACCCUCAUCCACUGGCUUCGAGGGCUCAUCGUCGCUAGAUCGGACCCGCUGCCCCCAGGAAGCCCGCUGUACCCUAAUAACGAUGCCCUCAAGAUUACUACUGACGAACGCUACUAUUUGCAGCAAGUAGGGCUCGAUUUGGAGUAUAUCACAUUGGUGGCCGACGACGGCCAGGUGCUCCAUUUGCACCACGUGAUCGACCCUAACGAGCUGACAGAACAGAGAGACCACCGUAAACCUGUUUUAAUGCAGCACGGCCUUCUCGCGCUGCUGGGAGCCUAUUUUAGCGGAGGUUUUAACUCGUUGGCCUAUAUCUUUACCAAAGCCGGCUACGACGUCUACUUGCUGAAUAACCGGCUGUGGUUCCAAUUCGAACACAAGACCUUAGACGGCAGCUUGAAACACAACCAGCAGUACUGGGACUGGGAGCUGCGCGACUUGGCCGGCUACGACUUACCCUGCCACGUGCAAGCGGUGCUUCUGCGCAAGCCCCACCACAAGAAAUUGAUCUAUAUUGGCCACUCUCAGGGGUGUACCCAGAUGACGAUCGCCUUACGUAACCCUGAGUUGAAACACCUCCACCAGCUGAUUGAGUUUAUCGGGUUUUUGUGUCCUGCUCUUUAUCCAGGUAAAUUGUUCCACACCCGCUACUUCCUUAAGUUUCUUAGACUGUUACCCCGUUGGCUCUACCGCUGUUUCAUCGGUCCCUGUGUGUUUCUCGGUAUCUUGGGUACUUGUCGCCACUACUUGGCCACCACCAAUUUGUUCGGGGCCUCCGCUUACGGGGUGAUGAACUACCUCUUUGGGUGGUCAGCAGAAAACUUUGAGCCCAACACUAAGGUGAGAAACAUCCACUUCGUGUUUGUGGCCCUGUACGUGCUGGGGAGACUCAUGCACUGGUGGACGCUGCACUGGGUGCUUGAGCUGUUUGCCAACGAGCUUUUGCCUCGCUCAAGUUACCGCGACGACUCCCACUACCGGUGGGUAAACCCCGUGCCUCCCAUCAACCGCGAGGCGGAAUCCCACCUGUAUUUCCCCUUCACUGAACCCUGGUUCGCUGAGACGGGAGUCCAGAUCCCUAUGGUGAUGUUUACCGGUGGUAAAGACUAUUUGGUCGACGGGUUGCGAGCGGCUAGCCAUAUGCGCCACGGAGAACCCAACUACGAAGAAAACCACAAUUUCUGGCACUACCACGUCGAAAACUAUACCCAUGUUGACGUCACCUGGGCGCAAAACCUCCCCCAGGUGGUGGCGGAACCGUUGCUUCGCCACAUCAGGGAAAACGAAGCGCGUACCGAGGAUAAAGCUAACGAAAAGCAACCCCAACCCACUGAUUCUACGGCGUAUCUUCGCCAGGAACGCCACACUGGCGUCGACGAGCUCCACCGCACGUUCCUGCGCAGCUCAGUGUACGUUGCCGACGACGCUGAAGAACAGGCCCGCCUAGAACGCCGCAUACUGCGACGGGACCGGCGCCGCCUGGAACUGAUCCACUCCACCAAAUCGGUGAAGUCAGCCAAAUCUAAUAAGUCAGGGAGAUCGGGUAAGUCGUCGCGGUACUUGGAACCAACUAACGCGCCGGCAUUACCGCCCACGGCUGCUCCUGACUUGGAAAAGUUUACUGCGCCUCAACCUCCACAACCAGCGUACCACCCUUCGUCGGAAAAACCGGUGGUGGGUGAACUCCCGGCGCUUGCGAAACCAGUGGCCCCGCCGGUGAUGAAUGCCGCCGCCGGUUAA